UCGGAGAGCUGUGUUGUAUAGGUGUUUGAUUUCAAUCCCACUCAAACAUUGCAAGGAUGGAAGUUCAACUCAGAUUUGGACAUUUGUGGGUUCUUGUUCCACUCCGGAGAUAUUGGAGAAGGGGGUGAAACCAACUGAAAUAACAGGAUGAAAACCAUAGUGGAGGAGCAGGAAUCUUGAACAUUUUCUCCCUUCUGCUGUGGCCUUGUCUUUCCGAAUCUCCAGUGCAGAAAUGGACAGCACCGGUCAAAACAAUCUGAAACGGAAUAAAUCUGAGAAGAAAUUAUUGAGGAAACAGAUCAAGGCCAGAAACACUUUAAUGAGGCAUGAGGGCAUCGAGUGUGUAUCUCACACCACCCAGAACUUGGUCGUUGCCAAUGGAGGUCUGGGUAAUGGUGUGAAUAGACACCAGCUGCUCAGGCUAGUAGAGGAAUGUGGAUUGGUGGAAGCACUCUUAAUGCCUCCAAAUAAACCCUAUUCAGUUGUGAAAUAUGGAUCGACAGAAGAAGCCAAGAAAGCCUAUGACACUCUCAAUGGGAAAGAGAUAACACUGGAGGACUCCGACCAAAAUGUUACUCUGUAUGUUAACUUUGUGGAAAAAGUGCAUUGGGAGGACAUUAUACCUAUUAGCCUGCCUCCAGGCCUGAUGAUGGUUGAAGAGCUCGUGUCUCCUGAAGAAGAACAAAAAAUGUUGGAAAGUAUUGAUUGGACAGAAAAUGAAGUCAUUCAAAAUGCCCAGAAGUCUUUAAAACACAGAAGGGUAAAGCAUUUUGGAUAUGAGUUUCGAUAUGAUAACAACAAUGUAGAUAAAGAUAAACCAUUGCCUGGAGGGCUCCCGGAAAUUUGCAGCAUGCUUCUGGAGAAGUGCUUGAAGCAGGGAUAUAUCAAACAUAAACCUGAUCAGCUGACAAUAAACCAGUAUGAACCUGGACAAGGAAUUCCUCCUCAUAUUGAUACUCAUUCUGCUUUUGAGGAUGAAAUAAUCUCUCUCAGUUUAGGCGCUGAGAUUGUAAUGGAUUUUAAGCACCCAGAUGGCCGUACAGUGGCGGUUAUGCUGCCUGAACGGAGUUUGCUGGUGAUGACUGGAGAAUCCAGAUAUCUGUGGACUCAUGGGAUCACACCUCGAAAGUUUGAUAUCGUUCAUGCAUCUGAGCGACAGAAAGUUGGAUCAGUCACUCCUGAUGUUGGAGAUUUGACAUUAAACAGGAGGGGAACAAGGACAUCGUUUACUUUUAGGAAAGUGAGGAGAAGCCCUUGCAAUUGCACUUACCCUUCUGUAUGUGACAGUCAGCAAGGCCGUCAAAGAGAGGAAGCACCCUCAUUCCAUGACAGUGAGACAGAGGCCUCAAAGCUGGAACAAGAGUAUGUACACAAGGUGUAUGAAGAGAUCGCAACACACUUCAGCAGCACCAGGCAUAGUCCAUGGCCCCAAAUUGUUGAGUUUCUUAGGACUUUACCAAAAGGCUCUAUGGUGGCUGACGUAGGUUGUGGAAAUGGGAAAUAUCUUGGAAUCAACAAGGACUUGUACAUGAUUGGCUGUGAUCAUAGCCAAAACUUGGUGGACAUCUGUGGAGAAAAGAAAUUCCAGGCGUUUGUCUGUGACGCGUUGUCUGUGCCAGUUCGAAAUAGUUCUUGUGAUGCCUGCAUCUCCAUUGCUGUAAUCCACCAUUUUUCAACAGCAGAGAGAAGACUGGCUGCUGUCCGUGAAUUAGCCCGGCUCCUAAGGCCUGGCGGAAAGGCACUCAUUUACGUCUGGGCAAUGGAACAAGAAUACAACAAACAGAAGUCAAAGUACCUUAAGGAAAAGAGAGCUAGUAAAGGGAAAGAGGAGGAAAUCAAUACAGAUGUGGCCUGGGGAUUGUUCUGUGAUCAAAUGCAUGACAACGGUAGCCAAGACUCAGCAUGUUCUGACCGAGUCCUUAAUGACUCUAAGGACAAAGGCGGCAAUGCAAAGCAGGUAAUUAACUCCAAGCUGCCAGUUCAUACUAACAGAACAUCCUUUCAUUCUCAAGAUGUGCUGGUUCCCUGGCACCUGAAAGGGGGCACUAACAAGAAAGGGGAAUGUGUCAAAGCCCUUCAGCUUCCAGCUGGUUCUAAGGAAUUGCAAGAAUUCAGUCCUGUUUUCCACCGCUAUUAUCAUGUGUUCUGUGAAGGAGAACUGGAAGCAGCCUGCAAAACCCUGGAUUGCAUAAGAAUUCAAAAGAGUUACUAUGAUCAGGGAAACUGGUGUGUGGUUCUUGAAAAACAGUAACCUGCUGCACUUCCUCCUGUGAAUCUGAAAGAGAUGCUAUUUUCAGCCUAAAUCUUUGCCUGUGAUAGUACUGUGCAGAGGCAUUUUAAAACCCAUCCUGCAGUUGUUACUGCCUUUAAAAUUGUACAAUAAACACAAUUAUUUUAAGACAUUAGCCAA